AGACCAACACCUCGACUUCUCCGACCCACUCUCCUCGCACCCCUACACCCGCGAGCGAAGAGGUUGGCCAGAUUAGUGGGACUUAACAAGGGACAAUUGAUGCGUUCGUGCGAGUGGGGAGAUUCGGACAAUGGAUGCGGGAGGUACAGGACGAUAGACACGAUCGAGUAUGGUGUCGCUACAGGAUGCCGUGCGGCUCCUGGGCAGCGAAAAAGUCCGGGAGCGAAACGAUGGCAUGGACCGUUACCGGCAGAUCUUUGACGAUGACCGGGCCAUCCGCCAGCUCAGCGACUCGGACCACGAUGGCCAGCGAUGGCUGCGGACGAUGCAGGCGCUCUUCAACUGCGUCAUCGUCGAACGGAGUGCCUGCCUCAAGAAGGGAUCAGACUGGAGAGAUGCGGCACCCAUCACGAUCAAGCGGCUCAACGACGCCUCGAGGCUCGUUCACUGGAUGAUCGAGCGGGUGCACACCCACCUCCCCGAACCCACCUUUGACGCAGUAUUCAACCACGUCACGCAGAUGCUCGACUACCGGAACAGGCUCUUUGAGCCACUCGCACUCGACUAUCUGAAGUCGCUGCGUACGCUCGUCAGCCAUGCGCCUCACCUUGAGCAUCUCAACGCACAGCAGUGGCAGGCCGCCGUCACCCUCUGCUUCAAUGUCGUCCUUGGCGAUGGUCUCAAGACGCCUCUUGACUCGAGCAGCGACGAGGAUGUCCUUGUGGAUCGGCCAGACGACGAAGAAGCGUACGAGCUCGAUGACGGGGACGUGCGGAUGGAGGAGCGCAGAAAGGGCCGGCUCGAAGACGUCGAGGUCAUGGCGUGCAUACAGAGCCUUGUCGCCUCGCCUUAUGCUCCUCUGCUCUCGCAGCAGGGCCUUCAGCUAGGCGUGCGCAUCCUGGCAAAGUACCUGCGUUUCCUGGCAGCGUUGCAGGGCGAGUCAUCAGCGCAUCUGCCUGCCCUCGUUGGCCUAAACCAUGUCCUCUACCACAUGGACAUCAACGAGACCCGGGUCGUCAGCACGUUUGCCCAGCGGGCCUGGUCAGAUCUGCUGUCCCUCUUGGGCACCAAGCACAAGGUCUUGAAGGAGCAAGUGAUCAUCGCAUUCAGCACGCUGGCCUACCAUGUCGAGAACGAAGCCCUGCUAGCUCCCCUCUAUGCUUCCCUGUCCUGUGAUUGCGAGCAGCGAUGGGGCCUGCAGCCUUUGUCCGCGUCUGCGUAUGACUACCGUUUGUUUGCAGACGGCGAGGCCGAGCGACCAUUCAUCUAUUCGUCCUUCCGAGCCGGCCGACGCUUCACGAGCCAGGACGUCGUUGUGUGGCUGGCUCAAGAGCUCGCUGCUGACAUUCUUCAGGCUAGCGCAUCUUCCAGCGCAAGUUUGCCGCCUUCUACGAAUAUCGAUGCGCGAGAAGGAACGUCGACGACGGACACGAGCGAGAGCCGAGGCCGAAGCAGGAACGGAAACAACAAGCGAGUGGCAGAGCUGGCUACGCAGACUCAGACGAAACGGCGCAGAAUCAACAGCCCCGCAAAUGGCCUACUUCAACCACCCCUCGACGAUGUCCUCGCAAGAGCGGUUGGCAGCGAUGCCCAUAUUCGCUCGCAGUCCAAGGCAGCGCGCUUAUGGGCUCUUCAAGUCCUGACGAUCUUUCUGGCAAGACACGGGAGCUCAUUGCAGCAAGAAAGAAUACUGGACGUCGCCUCACGGCUCGUCACCGUGCUUUCGGAUGGCGACCACGACAUACAGUCCGCUGCUCUCGUCUGCGCUGCUUCGCUCGCUUGUGUCUCAGAGAAAGGGCAAGCGAUCUGGCAGCAAAUGUGGACCAUUGCUUGCAGGCGCCUGCAGAUCGUCGCCACGUCGAGAGCCGCAGCCCAUGCUGCUCACGCCAUUCUCACCUACCAGCUCGUUCCGCGCGAAAUGCUCAUCUCGGACACUCACAAUCUCCUCUCUGAGCUUGACGUCCAGGGGCCCGUUUUUGCCGCUGACGCCAUCUGCCGCUUUCUAUCAUCUGCCCUGAUACUCGUCUCUGGCGACGCGGUGCUCGCGAAUCGGAACCUGGAAGACGGUGUAUUCGCAUGGCUUCAGACCAAUUGGUCGCCUCUGCACCGUGCUACGUCCCUUGCAAGACCUGAGGUGGAAGAGCAGGACCCCUCCGACAUUGUUGAUUUGCUCGCCAGGAUAUGCUCGCUACAAUAUACUUCGGCCUCGACCAGGACGACUUCGCUGCUCUUGCCCGACUGUCCGGCCGUUCGUCAUGCACAGCGCGAGGAAGAGGUCGGCGAUAUCCGACGCUUCAUUCUGCGAUCCGAACUGCCGCCUUUGUCAUCUGCCAAGUCCAGCGGUAACAUCAACAUGCAAACGAGUCAGGGCCAGGACAAUAGCGAGGCACGGACCAUGAGACCCAGAGAGAAUCGGGCAACUGCUCUGCUGUCCAAGGCGAUGCGUGCAUUUGAGGCCGCGUGGGAAGACAGUCUAGCCGACCCAGUGUCAAGCGCAAGCUCUGUCUCAAAGGCUGGCUCCGAGGAGAAAGUCAAGGCGACGGUUGAUUUUGCGCUUCUGGUCCUCCUCUUUGCGGCCACGCUGUCGGUCAACGGCAUUCAAACAACGCAGCUGAAGCCCCUCAUCGCCUCUGCUACCGCAAUGCUGUCGAAAAUGAUCGAACUGUUGGCACAGCCUCGGUGGUCGUCAACAGCCAGGGCUUUCGCUUUAGCGGGGCUGAGCCUCGUGCUGCCCUUUUCGGAAACGGCUACCGCUCUUCGGCUAGGGGCGGCCAAAGGCAUGGAGAGACCAGGUCCGCAGUCUGGGGUUCGACGAGAGAUGGUCAAUCAGGCCUGUGAAGAAUCUACGAAUAAGGAGGACAGUGUUGUGGUGUGUUGCUGGACCCUCACGCAGACCGAUCGGAUCAUAGAGGCUGUCAGAUCUCUGGCAAACGUCCUGUACGGGCACAAGGAAGAGCAGAACGAGGCGUGGGUCGGCCACAACGUUUCAUUUCAAGAAGCAAACGAUCCAUCCCUGACCGGAGACAAUGGCGGCUCUGAUCAUACACGCUUUGCACUACGUCUUUGCAUUUCAGCUACUGUCAACAUCGCACGGUACGGCCGAGAGACGGAAAAGGAAGGGCCUCUGGCAGAUCAGGCACUCAUCGAAGCCAUGCUGGACGGCGAGGUGGCUGGUCUCUUGCUCCUAAUCGAGGCGGUCUCCCCUCAAAUAGCCAGUCAUCGUCUCCACCUCAACCUAAAUUACGGGAAUCAGCUUCUGGAGCGUCUUGCCUCGGACCUGCUUGGUUCGUACAGCUACGAGCGCAACGAGGAGGCACAGCUUCGUACCUUGGACAUUCUCGACUCGACGAUCGAAACGUGGACUGUCAAGGCGACGGCAAAUUCAGGCGACUUCAACAAAAAUGCACAGAAGCUCCUCGGCUACUUCUCUAAGCAGCUGACCAAAGCCAAGCUGUCUUGUCCCGUUUCGAUGCGCGUCAAUGCGCUUCUGGAACGUUACCUCUCUCGAGUGUCGAGCGAACCAGGAGACACUACGGUUUCGAAGAUCUCCACGUUGGCGCCCAUCACCAUCGUCGACACGCUCCUGAUCUCCGUCAACCACGUCGACGUACGGGCGAGAUUUGCGGCAGCCACAAUGACUGCGCGCCUCUUUGCCUACUGGUUCUUGCUCGACCUCGAGGUUGCGGAUCUCUACAGCAGGCUGCAAAAGGCUUUACCGCGCGAUACGAGCAGUUGGGAGCUGAUGCAAACACGCAUCGUGCUCCUCGGAAAUGUAGUCGUGGCCACCUCGGCCAUGCGCUACCUCGCCUUGUGGCACCUCAUCGAACUCACCAUGGUCAGUCCAGAAUUCCAGUCCAGCACUCGGGCUGUCCUCUCUGCGGCAUCGAGUCGCCUAGGUUAUUCUAGCCUGCAAGACCUCUGGCUCGUGUUUGCGAGUCAUCUGACGUAUGCGAUGAUCGAGAGCGCCUUCAACUUUGACGAGCUGCCCUAUAUCGUGCUGGGCUAUGACAACAAGAAAGAAUACGCAAAUCAGAGCUACCUGCCCGUUGCUUCGAUGCUGCUCGCCGUUGCACAGCCGGAGUCCCUCGAGGCUUUUCGGUCGCUCACCAAGCUUGUGCACAAGUCGGACAAGGAAGCCGCCCUGGCAUGUGUCCCGUUUCUCAUUGCGACAGAGGUUGGCCUUGCUGAGACGGAUAUGACAAACGCAAGUCAAGACCCUGAUGGACACGCACAGCUGGAGCUCGACGACGACGCAUACCGGACCAUCUACCAGAAGACCAUCAGUGGUGCGGCUGCCAAGAUGUCGACGGGGAAGGGUACGGAAGGACUCGUAUCAGACCGGCUGGACAGCGUCGUCGCAGCGCUCAUCUGUCAAUUCUACGAGACAGACCUGGCCGAGGGUGCAUUCAUGCAGGGUCUGCAACGGUGGGAUCCGGCCUGUGCCUCCCUUUUGGGCGAAUUGACUGUGAGCGACAAGAGCGUCAAGCUGCAUGAGCCGAACAGACCGAUGUGGAGCGCCACAACGGUCUACCAUGCCCUUCGUGCUUUGGUCAACAACGUCAACGAUGCUCUCGGAGCGCAGACCAUCUACAAUGCAAUCAUUGAUGUGGCGGAUGUCGUCUACCGAGAGCGGACGUUCAAUGACCAGCUGCGCCACCUCCAGGGACUGAAGCUCUACGUCGCCAUGGCCCAAGAGACAAUCAGCAAGGAUGCUAUGCUGCUCCGGCUCAUGUUGAGAAUCGCAACGGUGCUGCUCGAGCAGUCGGAUCUCUUUGAGACGGUAUGGCCACUGGUUGAGUGGACGUUGACCGCAACAUGUUCGCUCCCUCGAGCAUUUUCUGGGCUCUCCGAUACACUUGUCUCGCUCUUCGAUCUGCGACUGGCCAGAGAGGACCUCACGGACCGGCUGGAACCGCUUGUCCUAAGGAUGUUGCGAUCCGACGGACCGGCAGCCGCGGUGACCCAGGCGUUGUACACUUGGUCAGGUCCCUUGCCAGAGUCGAUCACGGGUCUGGUCAUGGAGCCAGAGCUGGACAAUCUUGUGCUAUUUAUCAAGGAUCAAGAUCAUGUCAAUGUGGCUAUGCUUCGACGUGUCCUCUCGUCCUUACAAGAGGCGUCCGACGAGUCCAUUAAACGCCAAUUCUCCUCAUCGACCAUCUGGAAGCUCUUCGCCGCCUUGAAGGGAAGAGAGAAGUUGCACAAGGAAGAUGAAGACGAGAAGGAGGCCGCGAUCAUUGUCGCCGAUAUCAUCUUCGAGUGCAAGGGACAGCUGCACAAUCCGAGCGUGAGGAAUUUGCUCGACGACGAGGCUAAUUCACCUUUGGAGGAGGCUGUGCAGGAGCUCCAGAAGUUCAAGUCGGAGGACACGGUCAAGCCGCUCAAAGCUUGGCUGAUCGUACAGAUCAGCGAGGUGAUCCAAUCCAAAGACCUGAGCAGGUCCAAACGGGCGGCCGACUGCAUCAAACAGGUCCUCGCAACCAAGGCCCCUGUAGCAUCCUGGCAGGAGCGCUGGCCCGAUCUUGUUCGGGCGGAGCUCGAUGCACUCUCGACUUUUGCGGUCGCCUCAGCCUCUGCAGCGCAGGCCAACAAGCGCAAGUGGAGCGAGCUCGACAAGUCAGUGGAGCUGGCAGACGACUUUGCCGCUUGGAUUUGCUGGUUCUCCAGCUUUCUCUGCGACGUCGUGGCGAAUCGAGAAGGCAAGGUGUCGGCUUUUUCUGCGAUUGCCCAUCUCGUCGCCGCUGAUGUGGCGCUGGCCAGCUCCACGAUGCCAGUGCUGCUCCACAUCUUUCUCCGGGUGAAUCUGGCGACGGCUGAGGAGAAGCAGCAGGCUGCUCACCUAGCCGCCUACUUCAUCGCCAUCCUACGGCGGAGGGGCAAGGCGAGUAAGGACGUCUGGUCGGCCAUCUUGAAAACGGUCCUCUACCUCAGAAAAGACGCGCCUUCUGACGGGCAGAUGUCGUGUGACCUCUGGUUGCUGGGGCUCGAUUUCCUCGAGCUGGCCGAACGGGCGAUCGACUGCAGCCUCUUUACAUCGAGCCUGCUCUUUGUUGAGCUGGCCAGAGAGCAUCGCGAUCCGGCCGACGAGGACCAGGAACGCAUCCUGGCCUUGCAGUACCAGAUUUACUCCAACGUAGACGACCCAGAUGGCUUCUAUGGGAUCAAGGACCCCGACGUGGGGCAAUCGCUCGUAAAGAGGCUCCAGCACGAGGGAGAGUGGCAGCGGGCGUUUGAGCUGAGGGGUGCCGAAUUCGAGAGCGGCUCGCUGCCAUCUACCUCUUGGGAUGGCCAGGGCAAUAUCACUGCCUGUCUGCAUCGGAUGGGCUUCAACAGGCUUGCGGCGAGGCUGGCAACGUCUUCGGAGUCGAGCGUCGACAUUGGGUAUGACACGGCCUGGAGGGUGGGGCUGUGGAAUCUACCCGUCAAAAUCACAUCGGAGGAAGCCGUUCCCAGCCAGAAUCUGUACGCGGCACUGCGUGCUCACCAUCGCGAGAGGACGUCGACUUCGAUGGACCGCGUCAUUGACACAUCGCUGAGCAGCGAGCUCGCGAAUCUGUCGCGCAUCACUGUCGAGGCAAAUGCGUCGGCCAGACAGCUGUCGCGUGAGCUGCUUGGCCUGCGGGAGACGAAGCGGUGGCGAGCCAAGGAUCAAAUUCAAGAGAGCCUGAAUGACGACUUUGACUUCGAUGACCUCGAGUGCAUCCUCUCUGUGCGCCUAUCGUUACUGCGCUCAGAAAAGGAACGUCUCAAGGGCCAGAGGAUCGGUGACGUGCUGGACGAGGCAGCCAAGGACAAUAUGCAGCGCGAAUGCUCGCUGCUUCUCGACGUCAGCCGGCGGGCGAGGGAGCAGGGCAGCCUCACUGCGUCGAUCAAUGCCGUGACUCAGGCCCGGCAGCUCCGGCGUCUGCUGGAUGAUGAGGUCGGCGAGGAGGCAGCCUUAAAAAGCAGGCCUGACCUCGUCGGGCACGAGUUUGCCCAUGUUCUUUGGGCACAGGGCGAGCACGCCAUGGCCAUCGAGGCACUCGCAGGCAUGCUGAAGGACAAGGUGGCGCAACGGGAGCAGGCGGACAGGGACGUCCAUGCUUCGGCGCUGGCGAGGCUCGGCCAGUGGCGCUCCAUUGCCCGCUCCCACCAGGCCAAGGUCAUCGACGAGGAGUGUUUCAAGCCGGCCCUUUCCCUCUUUAGAGGCGACACGCGCGCACCGGAAAAGGCCAAGGUCUGCUACCAAUUUGCCGUCUUUGCCGACGAGCAGUACCGCGCCCUGAUGGCAUCGGAGGAGGUGCGCAAUCUCGAGGCUUUCGUUGGCCACCGCCGAGAGGAGCUGGCGCAGAUCCACGUCGAGCUGCAGAAAGCUGCGCGCCAGUCGGACCGUUGGCGUCAGCUGGUGAGAGCUCGGCAAAAGGCAGAGAAGAUCGAGGCGCUAGAUCAGACGAAAUUGCGCGAGCACGAGGGGGCCAAGGAGCAGUUCAGACUCGAAGCCGCACAGAUGUAUGCCGUUGCGCUGGCCACCUCGGACAACGUCGACGACGCUGCUGUUCGACUGACGUCUCUGUGGUUUGAAAAUGCAGAGCUGCAAGACCUAAAUGAGAAGCUCGGCAAACACCUGGCCAAGGUGCCCUCGGCCAAAUUCCUGCCUCUCACCCACCAGAUUUCGUCACGGUUGAACAAGCCCUUUUCGUCGAAUUCACCUUCGCCGUCGGUCUCGCCGUCACCGGGCGGGGCCUGCUCGGCGUUUCAGACAAACAUCAACGAUCUGGUGUUUCGCAUGUGCAAGGACCAUCCGUUCCAAUCGUUGUAUGCGCUGUAUGCGCUCGCCAUGGGUGCCCAUGACGCCGCAAAGGAGGAGAACAGCCGGAGCAAAGGCAAGAAGAGAACAUCGACGGCUCAAGACGAAGCUGCGCCGGUCCCUUCGCAGGUCUCUCGAGGUGCCACGGCCGAGGAGAUCAUCAAUCGAGUGCGCACCUCAUCGAGCCCUAAGAUGCGAGGGCGCAUCGAUGCGUGGUUUGCCGUAUGCGAAGCAUGCAGGCAGUGGGCGCAGCUGAGCCUCGAAAAGACGAUGCCCACCCUGUUCCAAGGCGGCAGGAGAGGAGGAGCGGGCUCGAUUAAGAAGGGCGCCCAUCCGAUCCCAUCCUCUCUCGGCCUGGCCAUCAGCAAGCUCCGCGACGUCGAGGUGCCCGUCAUUACGCGCGACCUCGCUGUGGACCCCACAGGGAAGUACGAGGACUACGUGGGCAUCGCCAGGUACUCGGCCAAAUUCGCCACGGCGGGAGGCAUCCAUCUGCCCAAGAUUAUCGAUUGCAUCGGCACCGACGGGCGGGCAUACCGGCAGCUGUUCAAGGAUGAGGAUGACCUGCGACAGGACGCCGUCAUGCAGCAGGUUUUUCGCCUCGUCAACGGUCUUCUCCAACAGGACCAGCGAGCGAAGCGGAGAAGGCUGGCCAUCCGUACCUACCACGUCGUACCCUUGGGCCCGCGGUACGGUCUCCUCGAGUUCGUCGGCAACACGAUGCCACUGCAGGAACCGCUGAUGGACACGCACACGCGCUACAGGAGAUUCUCCCCCUCAUACGACUCCUUCUCGAUGGCCGAGGGAGACGGUGCGGCAAAGCACACGCUGACGCCCAUCGAGGCCAGGCAGCUCAUUAGCGCCGCGGCAGGUAAGGAGACGAGGGAGCGCGUCGCCGUGUUUGAGGAUGUGUGCUCGCGGAUGCCGCCGACGCUGCGCCUCUACUUUUUCGAAAAGUACACGGCGCCGAUGGCCUGGUUCGGCGCCCGGCUCAACUACACCAGGAGCGUCGCCACCUCGUCGAUUGUCGGCCAUGUGCUGGGCCUAGGCGACCGACACGUGUCCAACAUCCUCCUCGACCAGGUGAGCGGCGAGGUGGUGCACAUCGACUUUGGCGUCGCCUUUGACCAGGGGAGGCUGCUGCCCAUUCCUGAGCUCGUGCCCUUUCGGCUCACGAGGGAUGUCGUCGAUGGCAUGGGCUCCACGGGCGUCGAGGGCGUCUUUCGCUCGUCGGCCCAGGAGACGCUCCGGGUGCUUCGGGAGGCGAGACCCAUCAUCAAGACCGUCCUCGAAGUGUUCAAGUACGACCCUCUGUUCGACUGGACACAGAACCCCGUCAAGGUGCUCCGGGCCCAGGCGGCGGGCGGCGAUGAGGCCGACGCUGUCGCGCCUCUCUCUGGCUCCUCGACGUCUUCCUCGUCCGCACCGCUUGGUGGUGGUGGUGGUGGUGGUGGGGUCCAGCCGCAGCAGCAGCAGCACCCGCGCCAGGCCAGGGAGACGGCCGAGCUACAGGCCGAGAGGGCCAUCAACUCGGUCAUGAACAAGCUCGGCGAUGGCCUCAGCGUCGAGUACACGGUCAACGAUCUGAUCCAGCGUGCGACGGACACGACAAACCUGGCCUGCAUCUUUCACGGCUGGCAGGCAGCGCUGUGACCAGACCUCUAUCUGGUGCUUUGUCCUUUCUUUGGAUAAUGCUAAUGUACUGUACUUGUAUUGUGGGAGAGAGAGAGAGAUGAAAAAAAGAAUAUUACAGCUUG